AUGAGGCAAGGGGACCAGACUGUCAAAGCCCUUGUAGACUACGGUGCCCAGAGGUUGGACCCUAUCGUCACGUGUGCCAAUUUAACGAACGGUGGAAAGUCAGAACUUCUAAAAUCAGGAAGCAGCAAAUCCACACUAAAGCACAUAUGGACAGAAAGCAGCAAAGACUUGUCUAUCAGUCGACUCCUGUCACAGACUUUUCGUGGAAAAGAAAAUGAUACAGAUUUAGACCUGCGAUAUGACACCCCAGAACCUUAUUCUGAACAAGACCUCUGGGACUGGCUGAGGAACUCCACAGACCUUCAAGAGCCUCGGCCCAGGGCCAAGCGAAGGCCCAUUGUUAAGACGGGCAAGUUUAAGAAAAUGUUCGGAUGGGGUGAUUUUCAUUCCAACAUCAAAACAGUGAAGCUAAACCUGUUGAUAACUGGGAAAAUUGUAGAUCAUGGCAAUGGGACAUUUAGUGUUUAUUUCAGGCAUAAUUCCACUGGUCAAGGGAAUGUAUCUGUCAGCUUGGUGCCCCCCACGAAAAUAGUGGAAUUCGACUUGGCACAACAGACCGUGAUUGAUGCCAAAGAUUCCAAGUCCUUUAACUGUCGCAUUGAAUAUGAAAAGGUUGACAAGGCCACCAAGAACACACUCUGCAACUAUGACCCUUCAAAAACCUGUUACCAGGAGCAGACCCAAAGUCAUGUAUCCUGGCUCUGCUCCAAGCCCUUUAAGGUGAUCUGUAUUUACAUUUCCUUUUAUAGUACAGAUUAUAAACUAGUACAGAAAGUGUGCCCCGACUACAACUACCACAGUGACACACCUUACUUCCCCUCGGGAUGAGGAUGAACAUGGGGCUGAGACUGAAGCCUGAGGAAUUAAAGGUCAUAUGACAGGGCUGUUACCUCAAAGAAGAAGGUCACAUCUGUUGCCUGGAAUGUGUCUACACUGCUGUUCUUGUCAACUGGCUGCAAAUACGCUAGUGGAAAACAAUCUGAUGUAAUUUCUACCCAGUCAGCUUCAUCUCUCAGUAUAGUUGUAAAUCACCACAGAUUUUAAAGCCACACUUGAAGACAUGCUCUCACACAUAGAUGUACACAAACACACACUCCUAUACAUUUCAGCUUGCGUCUGUCAUGAUUCCUGUCCAGAGGGCUUUCAUUGUCUGACUCAUAAUGGUUCAGCAUAACCUAUCAUCAAGCAAAAGGAUUAACUUGACAGUGAAUGGAAAUCUCUUUUAAAGUCUCGAGUACAUGCUAAUCAAUAAUCCCCACUCAUGCAUUCCUACUGCUUGGAGUAGCUGUACUGGUAAAUACUACUGUAGGAGUAUCUGCUUGUUAAAAUGGAAAAAAUGUGUCUUUAGAGCUCAGUAUUCUUUAUUUUAUGAACACAACAAAGUGUAAUAACUUUUUUCCAGCAUACAGUAGGCACAUUCAAGGUGAUACAAGAUGGCUCUUUUUUCUAUGGAGGGAGCCUGUUCUCAGUAAAGAUGAGCAAACAUUUGGAAUUUACAUGUGGGCAGACAUUGGAUUACAGCUUUCAUCACCAAUCACUGGACUUGUGCAAAGUCAAGACCAGCUAAGGCUGCUUAAAACAAGUUCUGAUCAUUAUGUAAGAAGGGAAAUGCCUGACAGACACCAUGUAAGUUAUAAGUGUCUGUCUUAUCUUUACUACACAUAUUGUAACAAACUCAAUA